CACGAAUUUUCAUAACUGAAUGAUGCCCACGCCGCUAAGCCAUGCUCGACACGUAAUAAUUGCAGGCUUGUACUACUGUCAUCAAUCAUUAACUGACUGUGCUCGUCAAGCUGCAGCUGACAAUGGAAUGUGAGAAACUGAUGAGAUGUUGCCACCGCACUCCAUCAAACAACUGAGAAGAAAAUCCGUAGAGACUUUGAAUCCGAGUCAACAACAACAUGCGACCAGCUUCCAGAAUUGAGGGGUCGAGUGAGAUCUGGAUCUGGGAGAGAUCUUGGCGGGCUUGCACACCUACAGUAGCGCUGAUCAUUCUGCUGUGGGGGAAAGCUUCUGGUGUCCCGGAUUUGUCAUCACCAGGGCGGAACACUGAGGCAGUGGGACUAAUACCUUAUUGUACAGAGCCCUAAGGUACUUACCUAGGUACGAUAGGUACGGCAGAAAACCACCUGAUGACCGAAAAUGCACUUGUAUCAGGGACUUUCACUCAAGGCUGAGUUCCACGUCGUUGCCCAAGAAACGAAUGGUGAUUCAUGAAUUGAUUGCUCCAAGGCUUGGAUUCGUUGGCAAGUGAGAAAAGCAAGUUUGGCUGAAAUGAUCGUCCAGGUGAGGUCAGGACAAUCGGCACUGCCCACCGCCAAGAGAAAUCCAGAGUCUUAUCGCUCAUGUGCCAUACGAUAAGGAACAACAUUCGUCGCGGGAUCGUGCGCGACGACGCGUUGAGUGAGAACGGGAAAUCCAAGGACUGAGCACUUGCAAACAGUUCAGGACACCUCGACGAAAAUGGCGGAUGACGAUGAGAAUGUCUCUCGCCAGACAAUUCCGUUGAAUGGCACUGCCGAUGUCCCUGCACCAUUGUACGGCUGUGUGAUAUGCUGUACUUCAGUGCCAGAUGAGAAGCGCGUAAGUUUAAUCUGAACCUUGACAUUUCCCCAGGUAUCUUUCUAAUACAUUGCUAACGAAGUAUGAUACGUGCAGACUCAAUUGGCGGAAUACGCCAAACAGAUGGGCGCCGUCCACACCUAUGACUUGACUCUAGAUGUCACUCACCUCAUCGUUGGAGAAUACGAUACCCCGAAGUUUCAAUAUGUUGCAAAAAGGAGGCUGGAUGUGCUGCCGAUGAUGAUAUCAUGGAUCGAAGCUGUCCGGGAACUGUGGAUCAAUGAUCAGGAAAUCGAUUUGCCUCUGCUCGAGCAGCAAUAUAGGCUGCCAACAUUUCACUCCUUACGAUUCAGCAUGACUGGUUGUGAUGAUCCAACGGAAAGAUUAGAAAUAGCUGCGCUAGUCAAGGCAAACGGAGCAACCUAUGAAGGUGACUUAACAAAAUCGAUCACUCAUCUGAUAUCCUUCCGAACCGAGGGUGCCAAAUACAAAGCUGCUAGGAGCUGGAAAUUGAAGAUUGUGUCCAUUGAGUGGGUUCGGGAUAGUUUGGAGAGAGGGAUGAUUCUUGAUGAGAGACUGUAUGAUCCAGCACUGCCGCCAGAUGAACGAGGGAAAGAUGCUUGGGAUAAAACUGCACCCAAAAGGACUUCCCUGGGCAAACGAUCGCGAGACGAGAGCACCACCAGCUUAGAUGGAGGGAAGCGGAAGCUGAGGAGGACAGCAAGCACGAAGUUGAGCACCCAGAACGAGCAAAUAUGGGGGGAUAUAGUUGGAGGAGGAGCAAGGGGUAGCGUAACUCAGGUGAACAGAAGUGGGCAAUGGGGAACGAAUGAGGAAGAGAUUACCAAGCCUAAAGCUCAGUCGACGAGUGUGGAAGUACAGAAAUCAAAUCAGCCCAUGCAGCCCACAAUCGAAAAACCGCAGCCAGCACAAGGGAUAUUUAGCGGCUGUCGAUUCUACACAUAUGGAUUUUCUCCAGAAAGGACACAGAUUCUUCAUGGGCACCUCUUUUCAAAUGGUGGCGAAGUGGUACAAACGAUCGAAGACCUCGUAAAAGAGUCUGGAAAAUACCAACCGAAUCGACUUUUCAGGAUGUUGCCUCACGAUCUACCGGUUUCCGAUUUUCCCACGCUACCAGAAUCUCAACUGCCAAUUGAGACAGUCACUUUUUGGUGGCUGGAACGAUGUCUUCACCACAAAAAGUUCUUAGAUCCGAAUGAUCACGUCGUUGGUCGGCCAUUUCCUGUCUUCCCUAUCGAAGGAUUUUCUGGCAUGACGGUCUCAUCAUCUGCCUUCGCGGGGAUAGAUCUGCUUCACUUCCAAAGAGCCGUUGAAUUACUCGGUGCAACCUAUAGCGAGGAUUUUACGCCAAAGUCUUCUGUGCUUGUAGUCAAAACCUUAGCCGGUUUGAGGAAGGAUAAAUACGAUCACGCACAGGAGUGGAAGACCCCCAUAAUAGGAGCGGACUGGAUAUGGGAAUCGAUAUCAGCAGGGACAAAACUCCCACCUUCUAAAUAUCGGUGCAGGUCUCAAAAGAGGUCAGACUCCUUACCAAACACAGGUGUUUCAAAAUCUGCUUCGCGGCACAACAGAACCGGCAGCGAAAUGUCGAUAACUGAACCAAAGGCAAGCGGUCAUUCCUCGAAAUCGUCUAUGAAACCGCCGCCGCCUAAUGCAGGAUUUGACAAUACUGCAUUUUCAACUGAAGAUCGUCCUUCGAAGGCAUCAAUGAAGCCACCACCUAGUGUAGGACUUGACAACACGGCUUUCUCGAGAGGACAUCCAUCCGAGGAGCCUGCGGACCUGCCUGUGAAGCCAUCGCGUAGAUCAAAAUUGGACAAGACUGCAUUUUCCGAAGAAGAACUUGUAAAGGUUCCCAUAGCAAAUUAUCCAGAAGGGGAAACUGCGCCAAGUGAUACAGCCCUCAAGGAAGAAUAUCAUACCCAAGGUUUCCCCUCGGUGCCUGACAUAUCCACCGCCGACUCCGAAGAGGUGUCCCAAGACCUCGCCUACAAAACCAAACCCCUUACUGAAAUCGAUGGCAACUCUCCAACUAGAACCGUAUCCACUGCCCCAGCACCGACCGAUCAUCCCGCCCCCAGACAUGACGAAGGCCUCACCAGCGCCAUCUCCGCCCUCCUCGCCAAGGCCAAAACUGCACCGCUCCACGCCGCCCCCGAACCUCGCAAACGCGGUCGUAUCAUCGGGCGCGUCCCUAGCAACAUGUCUACAGGCUCAAAUCGCUCACGAGACACGUCCGUCGACUCAACAGCCACGCAUGGCCAUCCCGUCGAGUAUCCCCCUUACAACGACUCCACGCCAAAUGAUCGCAUCCAAAUGCUUCUCAAUGGCGAUAAAUCCACUGAGGAUGUCGAUAGCCAGCCGCCUGCUACACAAUUGCAGUAUGAGGACACGGAGAGUAAGGAGGCGAGGGAAGUGUUGAUGGCGAAGAUGAGGGGGGAGAAGAUUGAUAGGAAGGGGUUAAAGGAGAGGGUUGUUACGUUGGCGGAUUUUGCGGACCAGCCUAGGAGUACGAGGAGGACGGGGAGAGGGGCUUUGAGGUGAGAUUUUAUGGGGUGAGAUAUGAGGGCGGAGAAUGGGAUACCUGGCUUGGUUAUGGUAUGGUAUAUAUGUAGGGGUGAGAUGGGUGGAUCAGUAGAUAACUUGGACAUAGUUACACAAAAUGUGCACAUUACCCGGCUCCUACAAAGUUUCAGAGCCGUAGACUUGAUGAUAGAAGUGAGUACUUUCUAUGGCUUCAUUGGAUUGCAGUUCUUUUGUGUGAAUGUGUAGUUUCAUCCCUGGGUAUCUUUCUUUGACACUUGUGAACUGCCUAGGUACUUAGAGUACUGCCAAGAUUAUCCAACUUUUGUAUGUUAGUCUGAAC